UGAGCUCCUCGCUUCCUCCAUUUUCUGAGCAGCUCUGAGAAAAAAACUAAGAGGCUAAAGAAGGAAGCAGAGAAAUGCCAAGAAAAGCAGAAGAGGGAGAUGGGGUGAGUGGGCCCCAGAUGAGGCGGCUCCAGCUGCAACUGGAGACACACCAGUGGGACAAGACUAUGAGGCUGCCAUUAGCUCUUCUCUUCCUCUGUGUCCCAGGCUCUUUAUCUCUGAGUGGCCCCAGCACUGUGAUGGGCACCGUGGGGGGAUCCCUGAGCGUGCAGUGUCAGUACGAGGAGAAGUACAAGACAUUUACCAAAUACUGGUGCCGGCAACCAUGCUUACUACUUUGGAACCCGACUGUGGCCACUGGAAGGUCUGAGGAAAAGAUGAGGAGUGGCCGCGUGUCCAUUGUGGACCAUGCUGAAGACCUCACCUUCACAGUGACCUUGGAGAACCUCACUGCAGAUGAUGCAGGAAAAUACAGGUGUGGGAUCGCAACGAUACUGCAAGAAGAAGGACUCCAUGGUUUCCUGCCUGACCUCUUCUUCCAGGUUCAAGUGUUUGUUUCCCCCAGGUCUCUGCUUAGCAACGUCCAUUUCCUGCUUCUCAUACUCCUGAAGGUACCUCUGUUUCUGAUGAUGCUCAGUGCUGUGCUCUGGGUCAACAGACCUCAAUGGGCAAUUUGUGGGACACAGAGUCGGCCUGAUGAAGACAACAUGCAGCCCUACUUGUCCAUCGACAUCCUGUCCAGAGACACUGCCACUCACACUAGAAGAGGAAGAACUUCUGGCUCCCUUGUUCCCAAAAACUGGUAAAUUUAAGAAAAGCUUGAGAAAAUGCAAUAAAAUAUGCCACAUGCACAUACACACAAUUGUGUGUAUAACGUA